CUUUUUUACUGUGAGGACGUAUAGAUGUGACUACAACAUGUUAAAACGGAAACCCAAACUAAGAAAUUUACAAAUGAAAAUUCAAAUUCAGAAUCAAAUAUGCUAAACCAAGCAUUAAAAGACUGCUAUUUUCGAUUAGGAGAAAGAUGUAGACAAGUUUUAACUUUCAUAGUUUGUCCCCUUUCAGCUUCUUUCAUAUUUUGAUUGGGAAGGUUUUAUUCUUGAAAAUGCAUAUUACAUGACUGUGCAGAUAGUUGAACAGGACUGUAUUAGAAAUUCAUUUAUUAUCAUUAUUCACACUGAUUUUGCUUUGAAGAAAGCGGUCAGAUUAAAUGACUUUCCUAACCCCUUCUGUCGAGGGAUGGAGUCAUGGCAUCAGGCUAAGACUGUUCAUUAAAAAAUAAUACAUCUGCAGGGUUUUCAAAUCCAUUUUAAAUAUUUUAAUUCUGCAAGAGAUCCAAUGGAUGCAGUGAAGUUGUGGGGUAGAGGGUGAGUUAGUAAACAUUUUCCUUAUGUCAGCUUUUAACAUUUGAUCUUUACUUGUAAGUGUUUUUGCGUAAGCCAGAGACAAAUAUCUGGACUUAGGACUUAAGCAAAAAGAAUGGAUGGAUAGAAGGAAAUAGAAACUGCUAAAAUAUCACUAAGUAAGCUGUUGCCGCGGUACUUAAGAUCUUGUAAAAUAUAUAUGUAUAUUACAAAAAUGUUUAUUGUGUGCGGAUAGAUAAGGAAAUGGGUAAUAGACUAGAAAGGGAAGGAGAAAAGAUACAAAUAGAUAGGUACCAAUUGACAAUCUAUAACCUGCAAACUUCUCUUUCAUCAAUACUUUACUAAUUUUACAACAAAUUGAUAACAAAUCCAAACGCCCGAAUGCUGACCCUAAGUUAUCUACUUUAACAUCCUUCUUUCAGUUCAUCUCUCGGCCCUACUGCUUAAAGUGAUUGUGAUUUCUGGUAUCUAUCUUCCACAUAUCCACGUGGUCUUAACUACAAACGAUAUCCUUGAGCCCCAUGUACGCUAAUAGUCUUUCCUGCUUUUUCUUAUUAAGGCUAUAAGAAAGUGUUCACUUUUAAAACCAUUUCUAAAAACACCAGCUGCCUCUUCAAAUGGAGGAUACUGGUUGAAUGAGUGUUUAGAGUUAACUAAAUAUGAUCAUUGAAGUGUCUUGCUGAGACGCUGUUUUGUCGGCGGGUGUUGUGAUCAUGGUAACUAACAAAGUGUGACAAUAACUUUUAAUAAUUAAUAUAUCAAAUUUCUGUUAUUUGUAUUAUUAUAAUUAUUAGUUGUAUAAGGGCCGUGCUUAGCGGCAAGUAGAUGAGGCAUCUACUUAGGGCCCGGCUCUUUUGAUAAUCAUCAGGGGCCCCACGCUUUUGAUUAAUAUGGUAACUAGACUUCAAAUUAAUGAGGUGUUCAUGCAGCGUGCUGUCAAUGAUAAAGACGAAAUGUGCCUGUGGGAAAGUGUCUUUAAAUCCCGACUAAAACCAUCGAGGACCCCGCACAUGUCCUAUGUCUCGGGCCCCGCGAGGGCUAAGUAGGAUCCUGAUUAGUAUUAUUUAAAUAAAAUCUGGUAGUACGGUUCUACCUUUGGCUGCGUGUCAGUAAUGUUGCUUGCUCAAAAUUGUAUGUGUUCGGCAAGAGAGAUCGCAUCGUUGCACAGCCUAAAUAACUCGAUCGUUUUUGAGAAAAAUUUCGCAGGUAUUUCUGAGGAAAGAACACCUUGUGCAGUAGACUUGAACCGUUAAAAAUGAGGCUAAAAUUUGCAUUUGAUCUAUUUAAAGAUAAAAUAUAAGCACCUGCCCAUGUACCUGCGCGCACACCGGUCAUACACUGGCUUGCGAUUAUUUCUGUAAAACAUGGCGACCAAAGGCGGAUCACUUCGUUUCCUAAUUGUUGGAAAAACUGGGUCAGGCAAAAGUUCAACAGGAAACUCAAUUCUCGGAAAGGAAAUCUUCUCCGUUGACAUGAGUAGUGCUUCUGUCACUGAAACCUGUAAACUUGGACGUAACGAGCGUAACGGAGUUACUAUUGAUGUCAUGGACUCGCCUGGUCUGUUCGACACCAAGAAGACGCACGAGGAGGUGGCGAUAGACGUUGUUCAAGCCGUCGCUUGCAUGCAUCCGGGGCCCACUGCAGUCCUCUACGUCAUCUCGUUGGCCAACCGCUACACGCAGGAAGAGAAUGGCGUGUACGAGAGGCUGAAAAGUCUCCUGGAUAAGCACGUGACAGAGUACAUGAUUGUCAUCUUCACGCGCGGCAGCGAUCUGAGGCAAAAUAAGAAGACUAUCGAGGAUUUUCUGUCACGUGCGCCUUCCGAACUUCGCAAGGUGCUGGAGGAGUGCGGCGACCGCUACGUGGUGUUUGAAAACUUCGCUGACGACAAAGACAGCCAGGUAGACCGUUUGUUGCAGAUGGUGCGCACACUGAGCGCGGCGCAUGGUGGCCAACCAUACAUGUGUCCUAAGUACGGUGAGGUCGGCGAAAAGAUGAAUAAGGAGGUUGACAAGAGAAUGAAAAAGGCAGAGAAGCGGGAGUUACAAAGAAAGAAGUACGUACAGGACCUGAAGAUGAUGAUGAAACAAGCUCAAGAGCAAGCGGAGACACUAAGAACGGAGUUAGAGAAACAGGCAAAGAAGAGAGAUGAAGAAAUAAAGAUGAGCAGCAUGGGAAGGGAGGAUAAACUAACAACCAUAAUGGAAGCCAUGCAGAAGCAUGAGCUCAUUUAUGAAGCAAGCGAGCUGAAGCAAUUGCUGUACGAAAUGGAAAAGGAGAAAAGUAAAGAACUAAACGAUGCAGAGCAGCUCUCGAAAGGGAGAAUAGAGGUUUUUGAGAAGCAGACCAAAGAAAACUACGAGAAACGCAUCGCGGAGGCAAUAGAAGAGAGUAAAAAACGUGAAGCGAAUUUUGAGGGGGAGAUGAAGAAACUUAAGGACUCGAUCGCAAAUCGUGGAUGCGUUAUUUCGUGACAUUCAACAUAUUUAAAAGCAGUAUUUUUCAAAUAGCGAUAGACAAUAAUCACAUAAUGGCGAUCAUUCUCUAGGCUAAGCUUGCUUUCCUAGGCUGACAUAAAAAUAUAGCAUAUAUAUGUACUUCAUUAACCUCAACGUAUGUCUGUUGUGAUUAGUAACAUCCACAAAUCUUAUAACUCUUAUAAUAUAUCUAACCUUUUCACUGCACUUUUUGUCAGCAAUGACAACUAAAGCUAGCGUCAAGAUAACAAAUAGUUUGUAAAACACAAAUGAUGAAACAAAUAAGACUUCCACUUACUUCCUGCAGAAUAUUGAGUAACAAUAGAGUUUGCAGACAAGUGUACAUCAUCACAUGUUUUGUUUUACACAUCAAUGACUUAUAUGAUUAUAAAAAAGUAAAAACAUUUUUCCUUGUAACGAAACAUGCAGACGGCAUUAAAGAUACGAUUUUGGUUGCUGAAAUAUUUUCAUCUGAAAUGUUUUUGUUACAAUAUCAUUGGUGACAAUGAAUUCCAGAUUCCUGUUGAAGGACACAAAGGUGAUGUUGGUUUCGCCCACCUUGAUGUGACUUGGUGAACAAGAGAGGGAAAAUUGAUUUCUUCUUGUCGACCAUAGGAGGGCUUGCUUUUUAUCAUCAUUGCGUUUAAGUUUGUUUGACACCAUCCAGUCUUUGACUUCAUUAAUACAGACUUCUAAGACGCUGGUUGCAGAGUGAGACUCAGCCA